UAAAUAUUUAUGACUUGUGUUAUCUAGUACACACACACCCCACAGAUUUAUGGUAACUAUUAUUAUACUGAUCUAUUACUUUCCGGUACUGAACUUAAAGAAUAACUUGUUGAUCAAAAGCCAUUUGCCAAACGUCUGUUGACAGGAUCGCUUUUGGCAAAAAAUAUGCAUGUAUUGCAACUGAAACGAUGUGUCAAUCAUUGUUAGCUUCCCUUUUUGAGGAUGACAGCGUAAAAAACUCUUCAAACAACAAAUGUAAUGCCUUCUAUCAAACAAACAAGCAAACAUAGGAACAAUGCCAGGAGACUGCUUAUAAAAGACCAAAGCACUGAAACGCAAGAACAAAUGUAACACAGUGUCAGCUAUACAGUUUGGGUGCCCGUUACGUAAUUGCUCCAAAUAUUUUAAAUAUAUUUACGAGAAUUUUUGCAUUUAUCUUUUAAAAUGUUGUGAAUAAUGCUGAACUUAACAUAAAAUGUCACAUCACUGGAUGUCCACUCAAAGUAGGUAUCUGGCAUAGUAUAACUUUAUUUGCUUCUGUCUUCCUCCUCUACCCCAGUGUAUGUUAAGGAGAGAGAGGGGGGAGAGAGAGAGAGAGGGAGGUGAUUUGUAUUUAAAAGCCAGUGAAAUUCCAGCAGUAGCUUAUAAAUUGUUUGGAAAAUGCCUUGCCACAAAAGCUUUCGAUAUUCUGACUUAUUUAUCAGCAAGUGGCGAGUUUUAAGGCUAAGGUUUGUUAUUUUGUGGCAUUCAAUCAGCACCAAGGACAGCACCAAAUUUUCUAGAAGCUGCGUCAGGGCGCCUUUUCAUUGUUGACAGCUUAGAAAAUGUUCCGAGCAACAGCAUAACCUGGUCCUGGCGAUAAACUCAACAAUCUGACGGGAGACGUUUAUUUCUAUUUUUCAAUCUGUUCCUCGUCGUCACAAUUUCAGAGCUCAGUAAUGUAGCCAGCGAGGAGUGUGGCGCAUGAAGGAUUUUCGAGGAUUUUCAUGUUUCCAAGCCACGCACCACGAAAGAGUUGGAUCAGAGAAUGACUUUACUCAAUACCAGCGGGAGUAAAAACUAAAAUGUCUGGGGAAUUAACCGACAACAUCGAUGAAGGCUCAGUUGGGACUGCCCACUCUGCCUCCGCCAACUUCAGUUGCGUUUUCAACACUUCAAACUGCUCGCACGCUGAUAUCCACAUGUCGGACUUUACCAAAACCGAUUUCGUCGGAGACGGUGCCGCUUUUGUCAGGAUUACGAUUUCUGUGAUCUACUCUCUGGUUUGUGCGCUGGGUCUGGUUGGCAACUUGCUGGUUUUGUACCUGAUGAAGUCCAAACAGGCGUGGAGGAAAUCAUCCAUCAACCUGUUCGUAACUAGUCUGGCGGUGACUGACUUCCAGUUCGUCCUGACCUUGCCCUUCUGGGCUGUGGAGAACGCGCUGGACUUCACCUGGCCAUUCGGUAAAGCCAUGUGUAAGAUAGUUUCCUACGUAACAGCCAUGAACAUGUACGCCAGCGUGUUUUUCCUCACGGCCAUGAGCGUGGCGAGGUACUGCUCUCUCGCCUCGGCGCUGAAAGGCAGACGGCGGCGCACGCAUUGCUGCUCGGCGCGGUGCGUCUCCGUCCUCAUCUGGUUCGCCGCCGUCUUCGCCGCGCUGCCGCACGCGGUUUUCUCCACCACUGCCACCGUGUCCAACGAGGAGCUGUGCCUGGUGAAAUUUCCGGAGACGAACGGGUCGGUGCAGUUUUGGCUGGGACUCUAUCACUCGCAGAAAGUGCUGCUGGGCUUUCUGGUGCCCCUGGGAGUCAUCUCCGCGUGUUACCUGCUGCUUUUGCGCUUCAUCACCUCCAAGAACAUCAACACCUCCAGCGCGAAACGGCGCGCCAAGGUUACGAGGUCCGUCACCAUAGUCGUUCUGUCUUUUUUCCUUUGCUGGCUGCCCAACCAGGCGCUCACAGCCUGGGGCAUCCUCAUAAAACUUAACGUUGUUCACUUCACGUAUGAGUACUACACCAUGCAGGUGUACGUGUUCCCCGUGUCGGUGUGCUUGGCACACUCCAACAGCUGUCUGAACCCGAUCCUAUACUGCUUGAUGCGACGAGAGUUCAGGAAAGCGCUCAAAAACCUCUUCUGGCGCAUGACCUCUCCAACUGUGACCACCAUCAGACCGAUCACAGCAACCACAAAGCCAGAGAUGGACGAGCAGGGGCACCCGCUGGUGCCCGGUAACGCGCCAGCGGUGCACGACAUGGUGUUCUUCCCUCCGGGGACGGUGAUCUACAGUGACCGGCGAGAACUACCGCAAAACAGCACGUAGUCUGAACAUGCAAGGAAAAACAAGUUUAAAAGUUGCAGGGCUGCGAGAGAAAUUAACAGGCAGAGGCAAUUUUGGACAUUGGCCAUACAGCUUAGCCCCUCAAGUGCUGAUCAUACCACACCCAUGUGUGCGCAGUGUAAACACUAAGAAAAUAUAGCUCUAGGGGCUGAAACUGAUAUGUGAUUUGCAGUUUGUUAUUACAUUAAAGGACUUCUGCUUUUGUUGCUUUUGAAAGGUAUCUGGACUGUGUUUGAUACGCUCUAUUUCAACAUUUAAGAUAUUUAGAGUGAUCAAACCCGAACUGAAUAAUUCCAAAUUGAGCAAAGACACAUUAAAACACAUUUUGAGACUUAUGGAAACUUUAUUCAGUUUUGCGCUUUAUCCAUUUGAGGGUAAAAAAAUAGAGGUUUGUCCAGGGCUCCAUUUAUUUCCUCUGAGCAUCAUCGUAGACAGGAAUAAACUUGUCAGUCAUCAUGACUCAUAAUUAAAUGUUACUGUAGCUUUACCAAGUUUUAGGUUACUUAAUUUUACUUAUGGUGACAAUAAACAGCAUUUAAUGCAUGUCUAAAUAAGGGUUUGAUGUGUUUUUUUGUUUUAUGUUUGUUCUGACAUGUAAAAGAAAUGUUAAAUGUGAAAGUAAACUGCAUCUUUAACCUGUGA